UGCGCUGCCGCGAUCCCUACCGCCCGCGUCCUCGUUUAUAUCCCUUAUCGCUCAAUAUUCCCAAGUAUAAUAUUAUCAUUAAAUCACAUUAAGUCUCUAAAACACCGUUACACAUAAAAACUAUCGAUUUCGAUCUAUUGUAUACUGCGUGAAGUGGUCUAAGAAUUAAUGGGUCAAUAGCAUGACAAGAGUCUUUUACCGAGAUUGCCUUCUUACAUCACUGAAACAACGAUUUCGGCGGGAAAUAUUUCAACAGCGCUAGAGCUAUGGAGCAACCUGUGGAAGGGCAAGUAUUACACAAGAGCCUCUUAUGGUAUUGUUGCGUGCCACCAUGGAGCUUUUCCGAUUUAUCCGAAGAGAAAUUGUAUUUAGCAUACACACGACGACAACGACAACGUGCCAUACUCCGGCUACUCGUGAUCGGUGUUCUAUUUCAAACAUUCGCGGCUCUUGUACCUGGAGAACGAGACCUCCAUUACGCUUAUGCGUUAAUGGCAGUAGCUCUUGUAGCCAACCUGUUAUUGGCCGCUAUAUACGCUUUUAUUAGCCGCGCUCGAUCCGCACUGAACCAUGUAGCUUGGUUCGUUUUGUGGAUGCAACUUUUAGUGAGUGCCUCGCGACGCCUUGGGGAUUCCUACAACGAGUUACUUGGUUGGGCAGUUGUGCUGCAAUAUUUCACAUUUGCAACAUUACCAUUUCAUUUCACGAUUCUGGUAUUUUAUAGCAUAUCAUCAUUCGCCGCAUAUUUAGCGGUCCAGUAUUACAAUGCUUCCACAGCGGAAAGUAGACUCGCCGAUGAUUUUUACUUACAGCAAAUAGCGAACGGCUGCCUCUUAUUAGGGGCUACGUUGUUGGGAGGCACCGCUUAUACUGUAAGCGAAAAACAACAGCGUCGCUCUUUUCGAGAGACUAAACGAAGUUUGCGAGAUAAAUUAACAAUUGAACAACAAAGCAAAGAACAAGAAAGAUUGUUACUGUCGGUACUACCAGAACACGUUGCUGUGCAAAUGCGACAGGAUUUAGGCCUUAUAGAUACACAAUUUAAAAAGAUCUACAUGUCACGACAUGAAAAUGUUAGCAUCCUGUACGCUGACAUUGUGGGGUUUACAGCAAUAUCUUCAACUUAUUCAGCGCAAGAUCUGGUUGCUAUAUUAAACGAACUCUUUGCAAGAUUUGAUCGCCUUGCUGAGAAAUAUCAGCAGUUGCGAAUUAAAAUUCUGGGCGAUUGUUACUAUUGUAUUAGCGGCGCUCCCGUGGAGCGACCGGACCAUGCCGUCCUCUGUGUGCACAUGGGAUUAUCAAUGGUUAAAGCAAUUAAAUAUGUUCAACAAAAAACUAAUUCACCCGUCGACAUGCGAGUUGGCAUCCAUACGGGUGCUGUGCUAGCGGGUGUGUUAGGACAACGGCAGUGGCAGUUCGAUGUGUAUUCGCGAGAUGUGGAACUUGCAAACAAAAUGGAAAGCAGUGGAAUGGCUGGGCGUGUGCACGUAUCGGAGGUGACUUUGAGUUUUCUGAACGACGAGUUCGAAGUAGAGCCGGCGCACGGUGAACGCCGGGAGGAAAUGUUGCGGCAAGCGGGUGUCAAGACCUACUUCAUUGUUCGCGUUCUCAAGCCGUAUCAGGGCAGCGAAGAUAAAAGUGCUACGGAGGGAGAGGCGGGCGAGGGAGGGGAUGCCGACGCGCUUUCCGACCUCAAAGACGACGACGAGGAUUCUGUUCUAUCACCGCAAGAUGAGAGCAAGGACAAUGAAGACGUGAAAAUUCUCGCUAUGUUAGAGGAAGAACUCGUCAAUAGAGAUGACGACAAAGAGCUCGCCGACGCCACGACGCUGUGCCUGACGUUCAAGGCGAGCGACGCUGAGGCAGGCUUCGCGCGGCGCCGCGACCCGUGCCCGCUCACGGCCGUGGCCCCGCCGCUGCUGCUGCUGCCUACGGUCGUGGCGUUGGCCAGUUUCGCCGUACCGCAUACCUGGUCUCUGCACGCCGUCUACCUGGCGCUCGUACUCGAGACCGGCCUCAUCAACGUCGUCUACUACGCCUGCUACAGAUAUGUACAGUACAAGAAAAAAACAAUAUCACCUUACUGGAAAUUGACUUGUGGAGUGUUUAACAUAGCAAUGUUUGUUGCUGCGAACAUUGCCCCUUUGAUAAUUUGCGGUAGUUACGAGACGUUAUUGGAAGACGAAUUACGAGACGACGCACCCGCUCAUAGCGGAGCGCGACGCUGUAUACAUCCAUCAUAUUAUUAUCACGUGGGCGCGGGCGCGCUGUGCGGCGCGCUGUGGGUGUCCCCGCUGGGCGGCGGCGCGCGCGCGGCGCUGCUGGGCGCGCUGGCCGCCGCGCACGCGCUGCCCGCCGCGCUGCACCCCGCGCUGCUCACCUCGCGCCCCACGCUCGACCGCGACCCCUUCCGCCUGCCCUACAACGCCACCUCCGACUACGACGAGGCGCUCUACGAUGUCCUCGCUCAGAUCCACACCGGGCGACACAUUCUGAUGCUGCUUAUCGUCUCGAUCGCAUUGCUCGUGUUCAACAGAUUCAGCGAGGCGCUGGAGCGCGCGCGGCACUCGCGCGGGGAGCGCAUGCGCGCGCAGGCGGAGCAGGCGGGAGACCUGCGGCGCCGAAACCAGGCGCUGGUGCACAACGUGCUGCCGCCGCACGUGGCACGCCACUUCAUGGGUGCGCGCCACCACCACGCCGACCUGUACAGCCAGAGCUACGCCGAGGUCGGCGUGCUGUUCGCCUCCAUGCCCAACUUCACAGAGUUUUACUCGGAAGAGACGGUUAAUAACCAAGGCCUAGAAUGUUUACGAUUUCUCAACGAAGUUAUAUCGGACUUCGAUCUCCUGCUAGAAGACGCCAAAUUCAGCAAAGACAUCAUAAAAAUAAAAACAAUAAGCUCUACUUACAUGGCUGCGUCAGGCCUAAAUCCGACUCGACAGAUGCAGCCUUCCGACGGGGUUCUGGUCCGAUGGGCGCACUUGGCGUGCUUGGUGGAGUUCGCGCUCGAGUUGCAACGAGUGCUGGCGGCCAUCAACGAGCAGUCGUUCAACCACUUCGUUCUGCGCAUGGGCGUCAACCACGGGCCCAUCACAGCCGGCGUCAUCGGCGCCAGGAAGCCGCACUACGACAUCUGGGGCAACACCGUCAACGUGGCCUCGCGUAUGGAGAGCACGGGCAAGGCGGGCUGCAUACAGGUGACGGAAGAAACUUGUCAUAUCCUACAAAGUUUUGGCUACUAUUUCGAACAGCGUGGACUUGUGGCCGUCAAAGGAAAAGGGCAACUUAUGACGUAUUACUUGCAAGGCAAACGCGAAGGAACCACCGACUUAACAGACAAUCCAGUCAUGGAUGAGCAAUGUGAAGCAGGUGUCAGAGACGCUUUAUUAGCGAAUGGUGGAGCGAAUGCCGUCGCGUGUUCCCCGCAGCAGCACAGUCGCGAAGAAUUAGCACAUCCGCUGCUGCCUACAUAGAACAAAGCACAAACGCACACUAGUCUAGUCUAGCCUAGCCUAGUCUAGUGUAGAACCUGUAACCACGUGCUAAAACAUGGCGUAACACGGCGUCACGUCUUUAGUGAAAUUUCUAGAAAUCUUCGGUUGUAAUCGAGACUAUACAAAACUGUUGACUUUUUUUAAAGUUUAUUAACUGUGAUGUAUUACUUCUAUUUAAUAAGAGUUUUUUUACUAUAGACGCUUCUACAGUCUACUUUUUCACUUAUUAUAUUAAAAUAUUCAUGACUUUAAACCGACAUUAGUAGUUUUGUCUUGAUAUCUCUUCAAGUAACCAUUAAAAAUGCAUAUAAAUGCAAUCGUCGUAAUUCGGCAAAAUAUUUAAAAUAGACUGUUAGUGACAUUAACUUUGUCAUAAAUAAAAUUUUCAUAUGUAACCUUUUAUUUUUUGAAUUAUCUAAUUUCUUACAUAACUUCUAAGUAAUACUGACGUCGCGUUGUAGACAAUCGAUGUCAUAUUAUGUCUUACAUUAUAUUAUCACUUAAUAAACUUAAAAUAAACAUCUAUUUACUAUGAAAUUCUUGCCUAAUCAAUAAGAAUUGAUAUCUGGUAGCGACUAGAAAGUAACGAGUAAUGGUUAGUAUUUACAAAUUAUUUAAAAUAUUCUUCUUCUUCUUAUUAAUCGCUGUUGUUAACGAGUUAUCUCGAUCUCGAUAGUUAUGUUAAUGCAAUUCAUUAGCAUGUAAUUUUCAGAUGAAUCGACUUAAAUGUAUGACUAUUGUUACAAGCAACAGAUAACAAAAAGUAUGUCAGAUGUUAUUUCAUAUAUAGGUACUACCUACGUUAUUUAUUUAUGCCGUUAAUAUUACUUCAUAAGUCGCAACGGUAUAGUGUGAUGCAGUCAUGCGUGUGCAAGGAUACGCGAAUCGCUGUUACAUAAGAUCGGUUUGCGGAUAAAUUUGUAGUUGUUGCCUCAUCUUCAUCUUCGAGUACUAAGUAGCAAUAUUGUGAUAUUCUUGUUAGGUGUAUAGCUUUAUUUGUAUCGAUGUCGCUUACUUUAGUGUUAGUUCAUCAGGUAGAUCGUGCAAUAAAAUUAUAUAACCAUAGAGUUUUAGUACAAUAGUAGGUAUUGUGGUUUUAGUAGCCGCCUAGAUACUUUAGCCUAAGUAGAUACAUGAUAUAAACUUAAAGUUUUAAUAAUAAAAAGGAUCUGUGUGAUGUAGAACAUUAUGCUACGUGGGAAAUCUCACGCUUCGUCAUAUAUUUACUAUUUAUUUAUGUUAGAAUUAUUCUUGAUAUUAUAGAUGUUUACUGUAAUACUAAGUCUUCUUAAUGUUGAGUUCAUUUUUCUUCUAAAAUAAUAUACCUUCCUGUGAUUGUGACUAUUAGGAUAUUAUUUUAUACGUGUUCUAGCUCAAGCAUUUAAAGGUUUACAACCUUUAUGGCUAUAAUGGAAGUAAAUAAAGCAAUACCUCUCA